UUGAUCGCCGCGUCCCGCUAGCAACGCUAGCUUGUUUGCAUUGGACGCGCUGGUUCGCCAGGCUGACGGGGAAACAGAAUAUCCGUCGCCGGGUCAUGUGCUUGGCGUGUCCGGCCGGCUGCCUUCGCAUCACGCUUUCGCUGAGUGGUCAUACAUCUAUCCAGCAUCACCGGCCAAAGCUCCCCACCAUCCGUCCUCGUUGCCCCGGCGCCCCUUCAAACUCAAUCCCGAGGAAUUUCGUCUCCGUGGCCUGUGCCUAAUUGCUCACCCCAUCUGCCUGUCUUGAUACACGUUAGUGAGGUCCCAGGCUCAACUUCGGCUAGUAGAAAACUAACAUCGACAUAGGUAGCUGGACCUCUUCCGCGCGACCACAUACGACACAUACAUACAUAUUCACCAAGCAAUAAAAUGGCUGACGCAAAGCUCCAAGAGCUUCUUAGCAAACCGCGAAAUGAGUUGACUGAAUACGAGGUCGCUCAGGUUGAAGAGCACGAGCUCACCACCGGACCGCUCUCUAUCCUCCAAACAGCUGUCCGCAGUCGCACCCAGGUCCUCAUUUCAUGCCGCAACAACCGCAAGCUGCUCGCUCGCGUCAAGGCUUUCGACCGUCACUGCAACAUGGUUCUCGAGAACGCAAAAGAGAUGUGGACAGAGACCCCCCGCCUGGCGAAUGGCCAACCUGGUCGCAAGGUCAACAAGGAUCGUUUCAUCAGCAAAAUGUUUCUGCGCGGCGAUUCUGUGAUCCUCGUCUUGUUGAGUUAG